AUGUUCGAGAUUUUCACUCAAGGAUUCUCAUUCUUGAAUCUUCUUUCUAUUCUUGCCUUCUUCACAACAGUCGGUCUCUUCUUCUGUGGAAUUCCAAUAUGUCGUCAAAUCUGGAAACGAAAAGACACAAAGGAAAUCUCCGGAGCUCCAUUCCUUAUGGGAGUUGUCGGUGGAUGCUGUUGGAUGACAUACGGAUGGUUGAAAAAUGAUGGAACUGUGAAAUGGGUUACCGGAUGUCAAGUGAUCCUCUACACUACUUACACAAUCUUCUAUUGGUGCAUGACCAAGAAGAAGCUUUGGAUCACAUUGAAAGUACUCGGUGUCAUCGGAAUCUGUACUUCAUUGGUUCUGGGAGUUCACUUCUUCGGAAUGAAGAUCUUCCAUCCACUCGGAAUCGUCUGCCUUACUCUCAACAUCGCUGACUUUGCCGCUCCACUCGGUGGAAUCCGAGUCGUCAUCCGUCGAUGGGCUACCUCAACCCUUCCUCUUCCAUUGUGCAUUGCCAAUUUCCUCGUGUCAACUGAAUGGUUCUUGUACGGUCUUCUCAAGAACGACUUCUAUCUUAUCUUCCCAAAUGGAGUCGGCUCACUUCUCGCCUUCAUUCAACUUCUUCUCUUCAUCGUUCUCCCAAGAAAACCAGGACAACGUGCUCCCAUCGUCAGAUUGUGGUUGUGGAUUCGUGGAGUUAAAGUUGAAGAGACUAAAGAAAUCGUAGCCGAACUCGGAGAAUGUGAUGAAAAGAAAAUGAACCGAGCUCAGAGAUGGUCUCAAAAGAUUAAGAUGAACGUGUCGACUGUGGCUGAAGAAUUGGAGAAUGUGAUCUACCAACUCCCAACAAAGGACCAGUUCGCCUAUACUCAUAAGAUUGGAGACGACGAUUCAUCGAGUGAGAAGACUGUGGAGACAAUCGAUGAGAAGAAACCAGUUGUCGCAGUGAAUCCAGCUGUUGAAGCUGUCAAGGAUGCAGAUUUCGAACGUAAAGUGAGAAAUUCAUUGAGAGCAGCUCAAGAAGCAAGAGAGUCGGCUCUCCGAAGGACGAUCAGUUCUCCAGAUCUCUCUGAUUAA